AUGGCCGAUCCCAUCUCGGAAGCAGACAUAUCACCAGCUGCGAACGAAAUCGAGAACAGAAAUGCGCCCGAUGAGGAAAGCCCGCUGCUCUCUCCAUCUCAAUCGGAGAGUGCAGAACCAAAGGCUAAGGCGAUAGCGGGUGUAGCGACUAUCAUUGCGGUUUUGUUACUUGGCGAGUUCAUUUCUAAUGCCGAUGCGACGCUAGUCAUGGCGGCGGCGGGACGCAUCUCGUCCGAGUUCAAUCGACUGCGCGAUGCGAGUUGGUUGUCGACGGGGUAUACCCUCGGUCUCUGUGCGGCUCAGCCAAUGUACGGCAAAGUGAGUGACAUCUACGGUCGGAGGCCACUGUUGCUUAUUUCGUACUUCCUGUUUGCAGUGGGAUGUAUUCUCAGUGGCAUUGGAUCAAACAUGUGGGUGGUCGUUCUGGGUCGGGCCAUUAGUGGCAGUGGCGGAGCGGGCAUCAUGACUAUCAGCUCGAUUAUCAUCACAGAUAUUGUUCCCAAGCGGGAGGUUGCGAGCUGGCGCGCGUAUGUCAAUGUGGCCAUGACGCUGGGUCGAUCGCUUGGGGGUCCGAUUGGGGGGUGGUUGAGUGAUACGAUUGGAUGGCGGUGGCUGUUCAUUCUGCAGGCUCCGUUCCUGGUCCUGGCGGCGAUCUUGGUGGUGCUGAAGCUGGAUCUGAAGGAGAAAAUCGACCUCAACGCUAAAGGGAGCAAAUGGGCUAAGAUCGAUUUCCUGGGUACGUUCCUCUUAGGAACAUCCAUCACUGCCAUGACUCUUCUGCUCGAUCAAGGUGGAAAGUCGUUCCCGUGGUAUUCCUGGUGGACCGUCAUACUAGGAACCGGGGGCGUCUCACUCCUGGUAGCAUUUGUGCUUGUGGAAGCCUACGUUGCCCGCGAACCAAUCUUCAACCUGCGCAUUCUCCGAAGACCAAAUGUCUCUGCGGCAUACACCAUCGGAGCUCUGCAGGUGACCGCCCAGCUGGGCAUGCUGUUCUCCGUCCCGCUGUACUUCCAGGUCACGCAGCGAGCAUCGACGACCGCAGCGGGCGUUCAUCUCGUUCCAGCCGUGGUGGGAAAUACCCUCGGCUCACUGCUUGCGGGUCUGUUCAUUCGGCGCACAGGCCGUUACAAGAUGUUGCUCGUAGCAGCUGGUCUUGUCGCGGCCAUUUCAUAUGUCCUUCUCUUUCUCCGGUGGGAGGGAAAUACCGGGUUCUGGGAAUCCCUCUACAUUCUUCCUGGCGGAAUAGGAACGGGAAUUGCUUCUGCCUCGGCCUUUGUGGCAAUGACGGCCCUUCUUCCCCAGGAGGAAGUUGCGAUGGCUACGGCAGGCUAUAUGCUUCUUGUUGGGUUCUCAAUGACAGCGGGAGUGACGACUUCUAAUUCCGUUCUGGGGAUGGAGUUCCAGCGUGAGCUAAGGAAGAAUCUUCAAGGACCGGGGUCGGACAAGGUCAUUCGACGCGCUAUGGCGGAUACGAAUUAUAUUGCGCAUCUUACUGGCAAGAUACGAGAUAUUGUCAUAUCUUGUUAUGUUGGGGGACUCAAGCAUACCUACCUCGUUUCUCUUGCUUGUUCUUUACUAGCUUCUUUCACUGGGUUGUUCAUUCAUCAUCAUCAGCUGUAG